CCCCUCGCCCUAGGCCUCCAAACUCGCCCAAGAGGCUGUGUCCACCGCCCACAGAACGCUCACCCCCAGUGACACGUCGCUCCGGCUACUAUUCCCGUUGCAAACAGAUACCCACCGCGCAUUCACCGGCCCGGCCGACACGACCCUCGGUUUCCCAACCCGUCUAGAGUUUCCGCGCACGUCAGGCCUCAACGCACUCUCCACACACGGCUACAAUGUCUUCGCCGCCGCAGACCCCUACGCAUCGCCCCAUCUCCUCCCACCGCCGCCAUCCUUCGAGUCUCGACAUGUCUCACAACACCCCCUCAAGGCGGUACUCACUAAAUCGUCGCUCUUCCGGAUAUUCGCCUAUGACGCCGCGCUCAUCACAAGAGUUCGACCAUAGCAGUCCGGCCCACCAUUUAGACGGCGGAGGAGACGGAGGGCUAGGAAAUCUGGCGGAUGAGCUUGGCGACAUCUGGGAUGACGAUGAGGAGGCGGGCGAGGGCGAGUUCGGGGAAGAACUAGAGCUCCCACAGGAAGACAUAAAUGGUAUUGGUGUUGCAGUAGAACAUGACGGGUCAGCCGGCCUUGACAAUAUGGUAGUGGUGAACGGUGUGCGGGACAGCGGAGUUGCAAUGCAGUCAUCUUCGCCUUCGACAGAGUCAAGAUCAACACUGAGUCCCCAAACGGCGGCAAAAGCGAGGAGACAUCAGCGACAGCGGUCGCUAUAUGAUGGGUCCGACUACGGAGACGAUUCGGAUCUAGAAGCGAAUGAAGGCAUUUCCCCGGCACUCGAGGCUCGGAUGGCCGCAAUAGAAAGCCUAGCAAGACGGGGUAUCGAAGCAAACGGCAGCACGUCUGAUGACGUUGUCAAACGGGUAGCAGAGCAGCUGCGGGAUCUGGGAAGUCAAAUUGGGAUCGAGAACGGCGCAACAAGGCUAAAGACCGCCCAUGACGCUCUUACGACGCACCUCACUCACCAGUCGCGCACGUUGACCUCCCUAGCCGCAUCCUUUUCCGGUCCUCGCGCGAUCAUCCCAGACCACGAGACCAUCGACGCCCUCCUACCUCUGAUCACCAGUACCCUGGAGCUUCUCCCGCACUCCUCUCCCCAAGCAGUUAUCUCACUCUCACAACUCACUCUUUCAAACCGCGAACUCCUCGAGCACCUCUCCAACGUCUCCGACUCGCUACACAUGAGCCGUCAGUCGACGCUGAACGCCACGCGACGGCUGAAAUCCUCAAAAGACCAGCUCGGGGAGUGGAAGCGGGAUGCAGAGCUGAGGGAAAGCGGGAUGCGAUGGAUAGAAAAAGGAGACUGGGAUCGGCGGUUGAAGGAGAGGGAAGCAAAGACAGCAUGUGGGGACGUGGUGAACGGCUUUGAGGAGAUGUGUGGGAUGUGGAGGAAGAGGCUAUGUGAAGGGUUGGGCGUGGUUAGUGCGUAAUCCUUUGUGCGCCUUCUCUUCUGUAAAAUGACUUCGUAGCUAAUGGCACGACGAAGGCGAAGACCACCCCAAGGAGCUGACAACAGAGAAGCCUAGGUGCAAGAACGGAAAGACAGCUAAGACCAGAACGAAGAAUCAGAAUUCAGGAGUAAUGGACUU